AUGAAGAGAAUACUUUUGGCCGCUAUUUCAACCUCGUGGCCCUAUGCAUUUAUGCUGGCUCUAUACUUUGAAGCCAACACUGAGCGCCCACGUCGCUGUCCCUCAUCCAUUGUGCCAUAA